AUGGGAUUUGGGUCUCGCACGAAUAUCACCCACAUUGUUGGUGCCCACAAGGUUCGCCCUAUGCGCGCAACGCUGGUCACGGACAAGAAGGGAAGGAAAAGAGUUAAACUAAAGCCCACAAUUCCAUCACCUCAAAAGCGACCACCCUCACCCUCUACUAGCGCCAAACGUCGGAGAUUGGAUGAAGACAAUUGGACUGACGAUGAAGGAGGCGGAGGCGUCUACAUACCGUUCGGUCCUCAGGAGCACGUGGACUCCAAGGCACGCACAAAGGAUUCGAAUGAUUACAUGGAGGAAUGGAUUCCCAAGCAGAUGGACUAUCUCGAUGCCCUGAUCCGCCGGGAAGUUCCCCCAGACUGCAUGGACUGUUCCUGCUGUUCGGCGCGGAGUAGCGCUCAAUGGUGGAGAUGCACAACAUGUCCCGGUGCACCUCUGUACUGCGAGGACUGUUGCCUCAAGUCGCACCAAUUAGACCCGUUUCACCGGGUGUUGGUUUGGACAGGCUCCCACUUCCGACCGUCCUGGUUGUGGAAGUGUGGGGUAUACAUUGACCUGUGUCAGUCACGCAAGUGCCCACGGGACUCCGACGUCGAUGUCGAUUCCCCACUCGAGUCUAAUGAAGGGAUAAACGACUGGUACAACAACGAUGACUUCUCAUUUGGUAGCAAGCCCCCAGGGCGUUCGUACCGAGGAAUGAAGGUCGUCACUGUCGUUCAUCAGAACGGUAUCCACCACCUCCCGUUCCACUUCUGCACUUGCGUGGAAGGAGAAGAGGACGAGUACCAGCUCCUUCGGAUGGGUUUCUACCCAGCAACAUCCACCGACGUUCGAACGGUCUUCACCUUCACAAUGCUCGAUGACUACCUCCUGGAGACUAUCGAGUGCUACACGUCGACCUACCACUAUUACUCGAAGCUGAAAAGAGCCACUAAUGAACCAUUCCCGGAUACGGUUCCUGAUAGGACACGCGAGUUGCGACGAGUAGGGAGGCAGUGGCGACGUCUAAAAGAGAUGAAACGCUACGGGUUUGGGCAUCUAGGUGUAUCUCCAGGGAAAGGGCAGCUCGCUUUGUUCUGUGCCGCUUGUCCUCAGCCUGGAGUGAACCUUCAGGAUGGCUGGGAAAACGAUCCAGAUGAUUGGAAGUAUACCAGAAGUUUCGUGGCCGACGGGAACUUCACUUGCGUUCAUCGGAAACGGGAAAGUGGAAGUGUUGGUGUUGCAUUGAAACAUGGUGAAGGGUACAUGACCAACCCUGAAAGAUACGCGAAGCAUCUUGCAGAGGUGACUGAAGUGAAUGAGACGCCCACAUGCCACGAACAUCGUGCAAUCGCCGAUAAGUCCAAGGUUCGCAAAGGGCUAGACGUCACAGGCAUUGGAGCGGUCGCUUGCAUGCGACAUGGAGCAUUCGCACCAGGAAGUGUCGUCGACUUUCAGAAAGGAGAACGACAAGCGAACAUGGACUAUUCUUUGUCAGAGGCGCUCAAGUACACGUCUACCGAUCAGAACAAGCGGGUAAUCUUUGCGUACGAUAUUAACUGCCAGUUUAGCAAGAACCUGCGGAAGCGAAUGAGCGAAGGUCGUUACCUGAAGCUCAGAGAGGACCUCGCUAUGGUGUAUGGCAUUGGCCUGUUUCAUGUCCAUGCUCACCAGGAGUCUUGUCUGGCAAGGUAUUCGCUAUCCUUCAUCAAAGGCGCAGGCAACUCGGCAGGAGAAAUUCUCGAGUCCCUGUGGGCCGUCGUUAACGAGGUGGCUAGAGUCACAUCCACCAUGACCCUGGGGCAUCGUAUGGAAGUUCUGGAUGCAAUAUUCGGAGACAUCAACUGGAAGAAGAUGUUAGGACUUACUCCGAGUAUCUGCAAGAAUUGGCUGAAAGCUCGCAAGGAGUUGGCAGCCGCAAAAGAAGCGCUCGCUGUACUGAGCGAAUCAGCAUCCGAAGCCCAAAGGAAGGAGUGGCAGCAGCAACUCGACGAGAUGAACGUAAAACGUGGGGAGGACGUGGCUGUCAUGGACGCUCUGAAUGCGAAGAUUGUCAAACCGCCUACGAUGGCAAAGGUUCGUACGACAUUAAUGGAAAUCGAAAAGAAGAGCGGGAGAGGUGUAGGCGUCACCUCCUGGCUAUCUAUUGGCAUGAAAAUCCAAGAAUCACAAAUCUCUCUCAAAUCCUUCAUUCGAAGUCUACCAAAGGAACUCAGCGAUGAACAGGCACUCGAGGUGGAAAAGCGUCGAGAACAGUUGUACAACGACAUCGACAGCUUCUAUGAAGCGGCUACCCACCUGUUUCCAGACGCUGACCUGGAGUCCCUCAAAUGCGACCUCCCGCCGUCUGACGAUGUGCUCGUGGAUGGUGAGGACGAGGAGGACAAUCCCUUCUCUCUCACACAUAACCAGAUGGAAGAGGUCAGAUUACCCCUUCCCAGCUGUUUGUCAAGCUCCAUAAGCUCGACCUCCAUCGAAUUGGCCGGCAGUAAAGAACUGAAAUUGCGCCUUUCCCAAGCCGACGACGCCCUGGAGGGUAUAAGGAACGACAUAGGACACAAGUCCUACCUUUACCGAUCAAACGUUCGGCUGGCCGAGGGGAAAAAACAGAAAACGCGAGGGUAUGCUGCUGUGAAGAAUGUUAACGACAGCCUUAAGAACCAUGUAAAGGUCUACAAUCAAGCUCGAUGGGCGAUGCGGCGUUUGGGGGCCGACGCCAAAACACUCCAACGUUACCGACCAAUCGCACCUGGGGACACCAAAGCAGUGACAGCUAUCUACAACCCUAAUGCGCGAGGCCAACGUAACAAGUCGCUUUCGUGGAUUUGGACGAUGGAUGUGGCUGGGGAUUCGGCGAAGUCAGAGUAUCUGGAAGAGUUAUACCGGGUGAACUGGUUGAGAGCCAGGUCGAGGUUCGACAGAUGGAGGGAGGAGUACAAACUGCUCCGAAGCGAGAUGGAUUGGAUUCUUAAUUUCUUCUCCUACAAGGAGGCGGAAUGCAAGAGUUGGGCCCUCAGGAAGGAAGAUUCCCCUGGACACGUCGCUUAUGCCCUGAGGCAGGCAGAUAUGUGGCAUCUGCUCUACGCACAGGCAGACAAGGCCUUUCAAAAGACGUUGGAUUCGGUCAAGGAGGGAAAAUAG